GCAGACGCAGACGCAGACGCAGACAGGACAGCAGAAAGCAGAAGGCAGUAGAAGGUCAGCACUGUUAUUCGCUGGCAUCUAAUUUCUUCACCCGAAGCGCAAACUUGCCCUCCAUCCUUUUCUUCACCUCCUGCCUCUUGCCCGACAACCAGCAACAGCAACGACCGCUCCUUCUCCUUCUCCUUGCCCCGUUUCUUCAAUUGCCUAGACUCUUUAAUUAGAUCGUGUCCCGUUAAGAAGAUAUUCCAAAAUGGCCGACAAGGAGUACACCUACCAGGACGUUGCCGAGCACAACACCAAGAAGGACCUGUUCAUGGUCAUCCACGAUAAGGUCUACGAUGCGACCAAGUUUGUCGACGAACACCCUGGUGGUGAGGAGGUGAUGCUCGAUGUCGGUGGUCAGGAUGCGACGGAAGCCUUCGAGGAUGUCGGCCACAGUGACGAGGCCAGAGAGACCCUCGAGCAACUGCUCGUCGGCUCCCUGAAGCGCCAGCCCGGAGACCCCAGCCCCAACUCUACCAAGCCCUCGUUAUCACCCACCGCCAACACCAGCUCCGCCGGUCUGGGUACGGCUGCCUACGCUGUCGUCUUCAUUGGUGGUCUUGUCGCCUUCGGUGCCUACCAGUACCUCCAAGGCCAAGAGAACAAGCAGGCUUAGAUUUUUAGGGGAGGGAUACUAGUGAACACGGUGUCGGCGACGACAUGAGGGAGCAAGUUUGUGGAGCGAUGAAUAUGGUUUGUGCUUCAACAUAUACUGCACUGCUCGUAAAUCUCUGGCUUGGAGACUUAUUCGAUUGUUUCAUGGGGGGGUCAUGUAGCCUUUAUUGACAUUUAAUAGACUGUGCCUUCAUGCGCAUAUCACAUGGUAUAAUUACCUAUGCCAUCCUGCAUAAUCUAUAGACUCAAUGGACCGGAGACGAAGCGAAAUAUAGGUUGUGCAAAAACUUAUCUGCACAAUAACCUUUGUUUUUGUUGCUUUAUGCAAGCUACCUAUAUUUGAACGAUAUUGCAUCUUUCAUGCUUGAGCUGGGACGACUGGAAAUGAGUUGUCUCGAUGUCCGAUCAUCUGCACGAAGUCGAUGCACGUCAGCUUCACGAUAAAAGUGCUAUGCAGGAGCUCGACCCCGCGCUGGGCUCUGGGUCUUACUACAUGCGGG